AUGGACAUCCAACCAGAUCAACUGCUGCAGGCCAAAGAGGAAGGACCUCCCAAUGUAAAGCAUUAUGUUACAGUGAUGCAGGAUAUGGUCAUCAAUCUGAGGAUAUGUAAAAUAGUAAAAUCUGAUAAAUGGCUUCAGAUAGCUGCAAAGGUUUCUGAUAGCAAUGAAUCCAGAGAUCUCAGCAUUCUCACAGUCUUAAUUCUCCCUAGGUCUAGGGUUUCUAUUGAGUAUUACCAGAGCAUGCAGGCUUUAAUAUUUGCUGUGGAGGAGAUUAACUCGGAUCCUGAGCUCCUUCCCAACAUUACUAUUGGCUACAAGGUUUUUGACACCUGCUAUUCUUUAAGGAAAGUAGCCCAAGAGAUUUUUUCAAUGCUGUCGGGAGUAAAAGGAAGCACCCCAAAUUAUAACUGCCACCAAGAGACACGUCUUGCUGGUAUUAUUGGUGACUCGGGAUCCACCAGAUCCAUUCUUAUGGCCCAAAUCCUUGGACUGUACCAUUACCCACAAAUCAGUUAUUUUGCAACCAGCCCGCUUCUAAGUAAUCGGAACUUGUUUCCUUCCUUUUUCCGUACUGUACCUAGUGAUGAGUUUCAGAUGAGGGGUCUGGCCCAACUUGUUUCUCAUUUUGGUUGGUCUUGGGUUGGUCUUCUUGCCAAUGAUAAUGACUAUGGUCAAUUGGGACUUCAGAUAGCAAUGCAAGAAAUUAUAAAUAGUGGUGCCUGUGUGGCCUUCACUGAAAACAUCUUGACUAGCCAACCCAAUAGGAAUGCUCCUCGAAUUGCCCGGGUCAUUAAAGAAUCGACUGCAAAGGUUGUGAUUGCAAUAACCUCUGAUUCUGAUUUUGUAAUUGUGUUGGAAGAGCUGUUGAAGCAGAAUGUGACUGGAAAGAUUUGGAUUGCAAGUGAAGCAUGGGCAACUUCAGAUCUACUCUCUAAUGAACGAUUCCAAGGGAUUUUGUUGGGCACCAUUGGUUUUGCAAUCUACAGUGGGCAGAUGCCAAGAUUUAGUGAGUAUCUUAAGAGUCUCCACCCAUCAAAUGAUCUUUCUGACCCAUUUAUAAAGGAGUUUUGGGAACAAGCCUUCUUUUGUAAGUGGCCCAAUCAGACAAACUUUACCUUGAUGGACAAUGCCAGAGAACCAACAUGUACAGGAACUGAAAAGCUGGACAGUCUAUUAACUGACGUAGAUCGGCGAGUGUCUUUCAAUGUGUUCACUGCUGUUUAUGCCAUUGCAUGGGCUCUGCAUAAUUUGUUUAAUUGCACAACUGGAGUUGGACCAUUCUAUCAAGGAACCUGUGCCAAUAUAUCAUCGUUUCACCCCUGGCAUCUUCUCCAUUAUGUAAAAAAAGUGAUCUUCAAAACCCCAGAUGGGAACCAAGUUUCUUUCGAUGAAAGAGGGAAUCCUCCAGCGGUCUAUGAUAUCAUGAAUUGGCAUCUGACUUCCAAGGGCACCCUGGAGCAAGUCACAGUCGGAAAAUACGACUUAAGUGCUCCUAAUGGGAAAACGUUAAACAUAGAUAAUGGUGGAAUUGACUGGGCCAGCAAAACCCAGGUGCUGAUGGAGACUGUAAUGUGCGGGUUAGAGAAAGUGCCGGAUCCUUUCAGCAGGCGGUCUUUCCAAAACGGUAUCACCGAUAUUGCUUCCUGGGAUGCAGAAAAUUUCCAUAUUGAAUACCAGCAUUGGUGUCCUUGUGUGGUCCCUCUAUCCAAGUGCAGUUCAAGUUGUUCCUCAGGAUUUAGGAAGGUGAUUGUUCCAGGAAAACCCUCUUGCUGCUAUGAGUGUGCCCGGUGUCCUCAGGGACAGAUUUCAAAUCAAACAGAUGCUGUGAAAUGUCAUCCAUGUUCCUGGGACAUGUGGCCUAAUCUACAGCAGGACAGAUGCUUACCAAGAACUACAGAAUUCCUUUCCUAUGAAGAACUUUUAGGUUACAGCUUAGCGGCCAUUUCUAUCUUCUCUUCACUAAUCCCACUUGUAAUUUUGGGAAUUUUUAUUCAUUUUAAAAAUACACCAGUUGUAAGAGCCAACAACUAUUCCCUUAGCUAUCUUCUCCUGCUCUCCCUGUUCCUCUGUUUCCUUUGCUCUUUAGGGUUCAUUGGUUACCCACAACCUGAAAAGUGUAUUUUACGCCAGGUGGCAUUUGGGAUAAUUUUUGCUCUCUGCAUCUCCUGUGUUUUGGCCAAAACCAUCACUGUUGUUAUUGCCUUUAAUGCAACCAAACCAGGCAGCAGGUUAAGAAAGUGGACAGGGGUAAAGGUGUCCUACUGUGUCAUUAUGUUUUGUGUCUUUAUUCAGAUAAUUGACUGUGUAUUUUGGUUGAUCUUCUCUCCUCCCUUCCAUGAACUUGACAUUAACACUCAACCUGGUGUGAUCAUAGUUAACUGCAAUGAAGGUUCACCAACUGCUUUCUGGUGCAUGCUGGGAUAUCUUGGAUUCUUGGCCACUGUCAGCUUUAUUGUUGCUUUCUUGGCCAGACGUCUCCCUGAUAGUUUCAAUGAAGCCAAAUUUAUCACAUUCAGUAUGUUGGCUUUCCUCAGUGUCUGGGUGUCCUUUAUCCCAGCCUAUCUCAGUGCACGGGGCAUGUAUACUGUGGCAAUGGAGGUCUUUGCCAUUCUGUCUUCCAGUUGGGCUGUGGUGGUCUGUAUCUUUGUACCAAAAUGUUUCAUUAUAUUGUUCAGACCCAACAUGAACUCCAGAGAAAAUCUUAGAGUUAAAAGGACAGCCUAA